CCUCACGGCACACUUAGGCGCCGCGGGGAACGCUUUUCGCGGUGCACCGCGGCGGCUCUGCAAGAUGGCGGCGCCCGUUGGCCGCUGCUUGUGGAGAGUACUGGCCCCGUGUCGUGGGUGGGUCGUCCCCGGGCUCGACCAGCGCCUCGCCGCCGCCCCCGCUUUGGUGAGCGCCGCGCCGCCCGGCCGGCCCUACGCUGCGGCAGCGAAAACUGCAAAAAGAGAUUCAAAAAAGACCAAGCAAGAAGAAAGAAAGAAGAAACAAGUAACUAACAGGCGGCCGCUGAUGAGCAAGCCCGUGGAUGAUGUAUACUUGACGUGGUAUUAUAAGCGACCAUCCUAUGAUGUAGAAAAGGCUGUGGGUAUGCUAAAAAAAUUUCAGGAACUGGACUUCACUUACCCCAAGCAGCAUGUCUAUAUUAAUGUAUUCCUAGAUAUGGCACUACAGAAGAAGAAAAAAGUGGAACCGUUUUCAAGCAUUGUUGUUCUUCCACAUCGCUUUACAGAUGAAACAAAUAAGGUCUUGGUUUUCACAGAGGAUGAGCAAGAAGCUGAAAUAGCUCGAGCAAAUGGAGCUGCUGUUGUGGGAGGAGUUGAAUUAGUCAAAUGGAUUUUGGAAGAUGAAAUCCAAGUGGACUUCUAUGUAGCUGUUCCUGCAAUAAUGCCUAAGUUAAUACCGUUAAGAAACAAACUAAAGCGAAAAUACCCAAGCACGAGAAGAAAUUCCAUGGGCCAUGAUAUUCCCAAAAUGCUGCAGUUCUUCAGAGAAGGUCUUGAGUACAUGGUACAAGAUGAGCGUGUAAUCAAGACAAGAAUAGCAAGACUGGAUAUGCCUACUGAGCAGAUCAUUGCCAAUCUAAAAGCAGUUAUCCAUGAUAUCUGCACAUUCAAGCCAUUGACUGAUGGUCCUUUUGUGCAGAAAUUGGUUAUUAGAUCUUCAACAAGUGAAGGUUUGCUGUUGAACCUUGAUGGACUUCUACCUGAGGUGGAGAAAGUAGAAGAAGAAAAAGAAGAAAAUGAAGAAGAUGACAAAGAGAAGCAUGUCCAGGAAUCUCUUAGCACCUGAUCUCUUUCCUUGUAGAUCUGAUGCAGCUUGGAAAGCAAAUGUUGUAAUUCAAAUUAUACUUUAUGAAAGAAAAAAAAUCAUAACUUGUGAAUGUCGCUUGUAAAUUCUGUAUAACAAGAAACAUUGUCACAAACAGGAGUCCGUUGUCAAAACUGAAGCUGUUUUAAAUUCCUUUUGCUGGUAGCUGAAAGCUCCCUAAUUUGUGUGGCGCUUUUCUUUGCACAUAAUGGUUCUUACUUUAUUAAAAGUAUUUCUGUAACUUC